AUGAGCGAAGCACUGAACAACGACAAUAACGAUACUGCCACACAAGCCCCGCCUCGUCUAGAUACAGCAUCGCCCGAAACCGAGAAUACAGUAAUUACCGCAUCGCCGCAAUCAUUUUCUGAGCCAGCAGUUUACGGUCAUUCGUAUCAGACUCAUACUAUAUCUGGUGGGCACAAUAUCCUUGGUAAUGUCUACUUCGGUGCCGCGUCCGAUCCAGAAGCAGAUCUCUUCUCCAGGACGAGCGCUGUUAAACGGCAGGCAACCGGACCUUCUUUACUGCCAAAGGCAUCGAUCAGUUUCUUCACCGGUAGACGCUUGCAACUAGAGCAGCUAAAAACAUGGUUACUUGAACCGAUAUCCAACGUUUUAUCCCGGAAAGUUGUCGUGGUGCAUGGUUUAGGGGGCUCAGGCAAAACGCAGUUCUGCUUGAGAUAUGCCGAACAGAACAGAAGCAGUCCAUAUCUGACCUCAAAGAGAUAUUGGGGUGUGUUCUGGAUCGAUGCAAGUACCCUCAAAGCAGCAGACCGUUCUUACGAGCAGAUAGGAGACAUCUUUCGCAAAGGUGCGACGCCUGCUGGUGGCCGUUUCUGGCUGUCUCAACAACAUCAGCCAUGGCUGAUGAUCGUUGAUAACGCUGACGAUCCUGACCUUGAUAUGCCAUCCGUGCUGCCAAUUGGAACUCGUGGCCAUAUAUUGAUCACCUCGCGCAACCCAAACGUGAAAGACCAUGCGACCGCUGGCACUAUCCACCUGACGAAGAUGGAACCGGAGGAAGCCAUUGACUUACUCCUACGCACAGCAUAUCCGGAUGACGCGUCAGCAAGGGCAAGAAAUACGUACAGAAAUUGCGCCAUGGGAAUUGCUGAACAGCUUGGAUAUCUGGCCAUAGCCCUUCGUCACGCCGGCUCCACGAUCCGAAGAAAGAUCUACACAAUCGAAAAAUAUCUAAGUUUAUAUCUAGCACGUCGUGGAUAUUUGAUAAACCCUAGAAUGUCGUUGAAUGAUAAAGAGGCUGAUAUCAUAACCACAUGGGAGAUCCCGUUCCAGAGACUAGAGAAUCGAGCUAGCAGCAGAUGCGGUAGCACUUCUACACCUUUUCGCUUUUCUGCAUCAUCAAGCCAUACCUCAAACGUUGCUGCAAGCGCCAUGGUUCUGCAAGGCCUCUAA